AUGGCGGAUUUGAUCGAUCACGAAUCAUUGAACCAGGAUGAGAAAGGAACGACGGCUACGGUAGGCGACACCUCGUCAUGCCCGUAUCAUGAGUCGUUCUGGCACCAGUCUUCCCAAUCUUCCCAGCUCCAGAGGAAGUUGAAAAGCAGACACCUUCAGAUGAUUGCUAUUGGCGGAACUGUCGGCACCGGUCUAUUCAUUGGUAGUGGCGAAGCAAUUUCAACUGCGGGCCCUGCCGGUGCUCUGAUCGCAUAUACUUUCGUCGGAUCUAUCGUGUAUUCCGUCAUAGUUUCUCUUGGAGAAAUGGCAACGUGUAUACCAGUAGCUGGCGCCUUCACCACGUACGCUACCCGCUUCGCUGAUCCUAGUCUUGGUUUCGCGAUGGGUUGGAUAUACUGGGUUUUCGUGGUCCAUUACUUUCGCACUCGAGUUGACGGCAACAAGCCUUAUCAUCCAAUUCUGGAUCAAGGACGCCCCUGCUGCAUAUUCAUCGGAUUCAAGUACUGGAAGGAUCCCGGCGCAUUCGCUCCAUACCUCGUCGAAGUCGUCGGAACUGAUAAUAUUGCCACUGCAAAAUUUAUCGGAUUCUGGGCUACUCUUAUCCAAGCCGGCUUCUCAUAUCAGGGAACCGAAUUAGUAGGCAUCGCGGCGGGAGAAGCAGAGAACCCACGAAAAGCCGUACCAGCAGCAAUUAAAAAGACCUUUUAUCGCAUCCUUUUCCUCUUCGUCUUGACAAUCUUCUUUAUUGGCAUUCUAAUCCCAUACACAAACCAAGACCUCAUGUCACAAGCCGCCAACGCUUCCGCGUCUCCAUUUGUCAUCGCCGCCAAGCUUGCCGGCGUCAGGGUCCUCCCAAGUCUCAUCAACGCUGUCCUCCUCACUGUGGUUAUCUCCGCUGCAAACUCCAAUGUUUACUCUGGCAGUAGAAUACUAGUAAGCCUUUCCAGGGAUGGGUGUGCCCCCAAAUCCUUCUCCAAGAUUACUAAGGGUGGCGUACCCAUCGCGUGCGUCCUCCUCACCGCCGCCUUCGGCCUUUUCGGCUUCCUUAACCUCUCCAACAGCGGGGCCGUGGUCUUCGAAUGGUUCAUGAACAUCAGCGGCAUCGCUGGCUUCAUCGCAUGGUCCUGCAUUAACGGCUGCCACCUGCGCUUCAUGCGUGCGCUGCGUGAGAGGAAUAUUAGCCGCGAUGCGCUGCCUUACAAAGCACCCUUCCAACCCUACCUGGCGUGGUACGGCCUCUCCUUUAACAUCCUUAUCAUCAUUACUCAAGGUUUUAAGGCCUUUUUACCCUGGGAGCUAAGCAAUUUUUUCGUCGCAUAUAUUAGUCUAUUUCUCUUCAUCAUGUUGUAUUUUGCACACAAGGUUGUAUGCCGCACGACCUUUGUUAAACUGAGGGAGGCGGAUGUGGAUACGGGCCGGGUGGUGGUUUAUACAGAUACAUCACAGCCAACUAGAGUGCCAACGACGACGUGGGAACUUGUUCGGCAUCGAAUUCAGAAGAUGUUUUUCUAA